AUUUCCUGGGCGGAAGCAGCGGAGGGGGUUUCCACUGUGAUCAGCCCAGUCCUCCCCGCUGGAUCUCUGAACUGGAUCCCAGUGACUUCUCUCUCUCACAUACACAGGACCGACAGAACCCGGAGAGCCCGCAGAACCCUGAACCCGAACCCGGACCAUGAGGAGUCCGCCUGAGGCCCGGAGGCUCAGAGGCAGCGACAGCGGCAGGUUGACGGUUUGAAUCCCGCAGAGAGUCCGCUGAGCCGAGGAGCUGCUGAGCUGAGCUGUGGCCUGCGGAGGAGAUUCAUGUCAUGUCAGCGGGGAGGAGUGCUGACGGCAGGGAGGUGCAGAUUCCCCUCCAGCAGGUGGCGCCCUCCCUGGCCACGCCCCUCUCAGUGGCCCUGCCCUCUCACCGACCAGCCAAUCCCUGGCCUCCCAGCGACCCCACUGCUUCACAAGGUGUCCCUGCAGGUUUCCUGCCUCUUCAUGGAGGAUUCAGAGAUCACUUUGUAGAAACUCCAGAAACCAAAUACUGCUGCGAGGCCUGCAGGCUGGUCCUGUGUCAGCCCCGCCAGACCGAGUGUGGACACCGCUUCUGUCAGAGCUGCAUCAACGACAUCCUCAGUCAUCCAAACCCGGUAUGUCCAGCUGACAUGGAGCCUCUGUUCAAAGACAAGAUCUUCAGAGACGUUUGCUGCCACCGGGAGAUCAUGGCGCUUAAGGUUUACUGUCGCAGUGAAGCUAAUGGCUGUCAGGAGCAGAUGAGUCUGCAUCAGAUACCUGACCACCUCAAUGUGUGUCCGUUCUUCGAGGUUCCCUGUCCGUUGGGUAAAUGUAAAGAGCGAAUGAUGAGGAAAGAGAUUCCCGACCACCUCAGCUGGAAAUGUAAACACAGAGAAACCAGCUGCGAGUUCUGCAUGACCAAGAUGCCUCUAACAGACCUGCAGAAACACAAAGAGACAGUGUGUCCAGCGUUCCCAGUGUCGUGUCCAAACCACUGCUCCUUCUCUUCCCUGCCCCGGAGUGAGCUGUCCAGUCACCAACAUGACUGUCCCAAAGCUCAGGUGAGCUGUCAGUUCCACCGCUACGGCUGCACCUUCAAGGGUUUGAAUCAGGACAUGAGGCAACAUGAGUCCACCUUUGCAGCUGAACACCUGAGAAUGAUGGCCAACAGAAACUCCACGUUAGAGAACAAGGUGGAGGAUGUUAAAGGUGAAUUGUUGGAGAGGUAUAAGGUGCUUCCUGCUCUCAGCAGUCGUCUGUCUGAACUGGAGAACCAGAACGACGAGCUGAGAGAGAAGAACCGACAGAUGGAGCAGAAACUGGCCACCAUGCAGAAACUAAUGAGCUCUCACUCAGAGAAGCUCCUGGAGGUGGAGCUAGAGCUUCGUUCUCUCCGUAUGCUGAGAGAAGAGGUGGAGAACCUGAGAGGAAUGCUGGAGAACGUCCGGACGAGACUGAACGCUCUGGAACAAGGGGGACGCAAUGGGACUGGAUCCACAACACACACUCUGGCAUCCCUGGAAACUCAGCUGAAUCGACAUGACGACAUGCUGAGUGUCCACGAGAUCCGAUUGGCCGACAUGGACCUGCGUUUCCAGGUGCUGGAGACGGCGAGCUACAACGGGACUUUGAUCUGGAAGAUCCGCGACUACAAGAGAAGGAAACAGGAAGCGGUGGCGGCAAAGACACUGUCGCUGUACUCACAGCCAUUUUAUACUGGAUACUUUGGGUACAAGAUGUGCGCCCGCGUCUACCUGAACGGAGACGGCAUGGGCAAGGGGACACACCUGUCGCUGUUCUUUGUGGUGAUGAGGGGCGAGUACGACGCCCUGCUUCCCUGGCCCUUCAAACAGAAGGUGACUCUGAUGCUGAUGGACCAGGGUCCGUCGAGGAAACACUUGGGUGAUGCCUUCAAGCCUGAUCCAAACAGUAGCAGCUUCAGACGUCCUGCAGCAGAGAUGAACAUCGCCUCCGGCUGUCCUCUCUUUGUGUCUCAGAGCGUCCUGGAGACUGGCAGCUACAUCAAAGACGACACCAUCUUCAUCAAGGUUACCGUGGAUACCUCUGACCUUCCUGACCCAUGAUGUUGCGACCCCUCUGACCUCGCUGGUCUGAGAUCUGCUCACCUGUAAAAUAACGCCCAAAAGAGCAAAGACUGAUGGGAAGGAUGAGUGACAAUGGAGGAGGCUCGUCCAUCAGCGACGCCAACAGAAGAAAAGAAGAAGAAGACAGGAAGCAGCCAACCAGAGUGAACUUUACAGAGGCCGGACGGGUCCUCUUCUGAUAGAUUGAUGGACAACUGAACAACGUGUGUGUGUGUGUGUGUGUGUGUGUGUGUGUGUGUGUGUGUGUGUGUGUGUGUGUGUGUGUGUGUGAAUGGAUCAGUGUUACCAUGACAUCACCAUGGUGAUAUCACUGCUAGCCAACAUGGCCACUGCAGCGAGGACGUUGUUGCUGCUCAUUACUGAUGCUGUGCAUCAAGCUUUACUUCCUGUUUAUUACCUGUUUACCAAGGAAUGCUGGGAAAUCCAAUGCAGCCACAGAGGAGCUGAUAAAACCAGUACAGACCAGCAGGACCCAGUACAGAAACCUUUUCUAGCAAAAAGCAGAAGACACCCAUUGCAGACCAGUAAAAUCCAGUAGAAACUAUUUCUUAUAAAGACAAGUAGACUCUCACACAGGGCCCAGUACAAACCAGUAAAGACCUGCGAGACCCAGUAUAAACCGAAGUAUCUGAUUACUUUAAUCUGACCAACAUUAUCUGGUCAUUAAGUCAAAUGAGCAUUUUGGGUAACACUUUAUUUGAAGGGGUGUGCAUAAGACUGACAUGACUCCUAUCAUGAACAUGAAGUAGUCUUACUUGAAUCUAGGGUAUGUGAUGUAUUUCAGAAGCAUUUUUAUUGUAUUUGUUGAAAUUCUCUUCACAUCCCAACAGCAAUCAAUAAAUCAAAUGCUCUGAAAUUGUUAUUUUUAAAUCCGGUAUCUGUGGCUGUCGCAGGCCUGUGAUAAGCCCAUCUAAUCAUUUCAGUCCGAAUGAAAUGAUUGGCGGGCCUACCUGCCUGCCUGCCUGCCUGCCUGCGGCACUCUGCCCGUACACUCAUUGCACAUGAAAACGUGGACCUUUCAUUAAUAUGUCAUUAUAUGUUAGUACACUGUCACAAUACCUUAAAGACAAUGGGCAAGUCAAGAGAUAGUUUUUCUUUUAUUGUAUUUGCACAACAAUACAUUUCGUUCUUCAGAAAAAUACCUGUUGACUACUUGGAUUACUUGUUCUUCCUCAGAGGGUUCUGGUAUAUUCUUAGCACGUACAUUUUGUAUUUUGGGGAAAAACAAAAAAACAGGAUUAAACAGGCAGAAAGAAAAGAAUGUCCUUCCAAACGUUCGUAAGUGUACUUAUACUUUACUGGGAGGAGUUUUCCACUGUUUUCCUUUGUUACAGCCCUCCUGCAGUGCUCUGCGAACUGAGAGAUCUUCUCGUUAUCUUCGUCUCCGGGGAGCAGCUCCUUGAAAGUGUCAGGAUAUGUGAUCGCUAGCGCAGCAAUUGAGACUUGUUGUCUUCUUAAUGUCAAGUUGUCAUCUCAAACUUUGCAUUAAAAUUACAUAAUUGACCGAAUGACACUUAAUGACAACAGUCAUGAACAGGGUUCAUGUCCGUGUCAUGUCAGUCUUAUGCACACACCUUCAAAUACAGUGUAUCAGUUUACAUGAUUGUUAGACAGCAUUUUAAUGUUUAGACUAUAUUUCUUAUUAUUUCUGAAAAUAAUAUUUUCCUCAUUUGCAACAGGUCAAAUAUUAUCAAGCUAAAAAUAGUCCUGUCAGUUGAUUCAGUUACAGUUACACCUGUUGGUUACUGAGUGUAAAUACUCAGUAACAGUUCAUCUCUAUGUCAGAACUAGUUUGUGUGGUUUCACCUGUUUGAAAGAGUGACGUCAUAACAAGGUUACAUUUAAACUUCUGUUGCAGCUGUCUCCGAAACAUAACCUGGAGCAGCUUUACUGUACUGAACACGCAGAGCAGACAGACAGGUAGAGUGAGAGGACAGGGAAAGACGAGUGGUUUAACGUUAGAGGGGAUUAUAGUUUAAUUGGAUUGUUUAGAAACGUUUUAUUUUUCUUCACUGAGUGUUGAAGUGGCCCCCCGAGGAAAGAUUAACCUGUGGCCCCUCAGGUGGUCUGAGACUCCUGAUCUGUUGGUUUACAGUGGUAUAAGACCUCAGUUUGAUAGUAAAGUUAGAUUUAAAAGUCUGAUAUCUGACCGAUGAGGUGAUGAUCUGACAGCUCUGCUCUCUGAAGGUCUGAUUCACAGAUCUGAAUCAGAUCUGAAUUAGACGUUUACACAGGUCCAAAAUAAUUUGAUCUGAUUUGAAACUGACCUGAGGAAAACCUGAAGGAACCCAAAGUAAGGAAAUUAAUCUAAAAAAGAGACAUGAUCCAAAAGUGACCAUAGAAUGAUUCAUAGUUCAGAUCUGAUUAUAGAACAGUAGAAACCAGUAGAGUCCCAGUAUAAGUUCCCAGUAUGUCUGUUGGAGUUCCUCUGUGGUCUCUGAGUUUUUCAGUGUGGACAGAAUUCAACUCAUUUGAUUCAUUUGCACAGUUUGAAUGUUUGUUAAAGUGUGAAAAUAAAAAUAUAAAGAAAACACAAAGAA